UAAAGAAAAAUGAUCAAAACACAAGUAUUUUUAAAUUCGGGGGCCUGUGACUGAUUUCCUAUUUUCAAAGCUUGCUGACAGAUAUUAUUGUUAAUCUUGGAAUACGGGAAAGGCAGGCUAGGCAGUUGGAAAAUGUGAUGGUUGCACUCGUUUGUGGCAAUGUCAGGAGAACAGCAUUUGCCGUUCGUAAGAAAUCAGUGCUGUGGAAAACCAAUCUUGUCAAGUAGUUAUGGAACAGAGAGAAUGGCGCCCAAUGUGUGUAUAGUGUAGAUUCACUCCUGAGGCAACUCACUGUACAAUGGAGGAAUCUGGGAAUUCAACAACAAAAGUUGCAUGCAGAUCUGAGGAAUCUCCUGAACUUUAUUGCCUCAUAGAUCUUUGCUUCAACCACUUAUCAAUUGCUUCAACAACCUUGCUUCAAUAUUAGAAGAAAGCCAGAAACGGAGAGCCUAGCACAAGCAUGAAAGUUCCAUCUAGAAGAUGCUGUAGCUACUCCUUGCCCCAUGAAUAACUGCAUGGACAAAAGCCCAUCCUUAAGAUGAAUAUCAAUUUCCGACAACAGCCUGAGCUUCAAAUGAACUACAAAGGAACCGCCAGGCAAAAUUCAAAUGAGCCCUUGCAAAGAGGAGGAACUUAUUUUGUUUGUAGACACUCCCCACAUCCCAAAAAUGUAUGUCACAUUAAAGGAUUAAAUGAUGCGCCAGUCUGCUUUGUACGAGACCGAGAGUACAGUGAACGACAUUUCAUCAUGCCAGGCCCAGCAUACAGCCCACCUUACAGGCAUCCUGGAACUGCAGUAGACAAGAAUUUUCCCAAUAAUACUUUGCCAGCAUUGAUACCAGAGGUAGUCGGAACAACUCUUCCAAAUCUUGCUAAAGAUGAAUGUGGAGAGCUGAGAAAUCAAGAAAGAAACACUCCUCUCUUUAGGAAAAAGGAUGAACCUCUGACAAAAUACUUAGGAGACCGUCCACAAACUAGGACUUCUCAGGACCUCCAUCUUUUCCCUCUUCAGAGAGUGCAUCCUAAAGAAAACUUCAGGGAAAAUAUGAAUUACACCCCAAGCUAUCUGGAUCAAGAAAUAAAAGUCCUAGAAAAACUCUGUGACAUUUUACAGACAGAUACCAUUAAAGGGAUUCAAAGGUGGUUAUCGAAGGCAACUGUGAAAGAGAAAGAAUUCGUAUCCAAUUUCAUACGGUCCGAUAUGACGAGCCGCGAUCUUUUGUAUUAUAGGCCAAUGGCCCAGACUGAAACUGAAGUUCCAAACAUUCAGGCUUUGCUGAGAGGGCAAAAAGGAACACCGAAUGAAGGUAGCCGUGUCAGGACUUCAAGCCAAGGAUCGCUAGCCAGUAAAGGAUCAAGACCAGAUACAGAAAAAAGUAAUUUAUUUGCAAAGAGAGGGAAUAUAGAUGGAAAUGAGGAGGAACUUCCCAGCAGCUCCACAAAACACUCAAGUGGCCCUCAGUCUCCUUUCUCGACCCAAAAGAGCACCCAUUUGUUAUACCACAAGGCUCGCCUUAGAAAAACUUAA